GAUACGCAAAAAUUACAGCAUAUUGAAUAUAAACAUAACAUAAAUGUUAUGUUAUGUUAAAGAAUAUAAACAUAUUGACUUCAAAUUAGAAAUACGAUUGUUUAACGCAGGACUAGUAAGAGUUAAUUGUUAAUUACAACGAUGUUCGAGAGUAUCAAGUGACUGACUUCAUGAUGAAGUGUGUAAUACAAUGUAACUUGUACAAGAAGUAAUCGCGUGACUGACUAAAAAAAGGAUAUACCACAUGAAUUGUGAAAUGUAAGCAGUGAUUAGAAAUGAAAAACCGCUUCUCCCACCUUAGCGGUUUGUACAUAAUCGAUUAGAAGUUUCAUACCUUUCGCCCUGCUGUUUCUGCCUAGGAUAUUAUUUUGCUUUGCAAUACACCUUAUUCAUAUAAAGCGUGAUACAUUGAAAGUACAAGAAAUAGAUACAUGUAUAUAUCACGAAAUAGUUCUUUAAUUGAUCCACAGUGAAGUGCUUUUUCAGGAUGUGUUUUAAGUGAAGUGGUGAACUAUUAAACCGAAACAUGGUCAUACAGUAUUCAUGUUGAUCAGAGGAGCUAACACAAUAUCGAUACAGGGAUACUAUUGUAUUACUCUAAACAGAUUGUUAAAGCUUGAAAGUUGUAGGGUUGUAAUCUGAUAAGCACAUGUUUUGUUGACUUGGGACAUAAACUGUGUGUUUAUGACUAAUCUAAACAACCUGUGGAGUCGUUUUAUUACGGUACUUGAAUGUGAUGGAUUCGUCUAAACGUCCGCCUGGUGUCCAUUGAAUUUUAAAGACAUCAUUUAUUCUUCCUUGUGUUUGUUUGUUAUAAAUAAAUCAGUUAAGAAGAGGAUUAAAACUAGUUUUCUGCCUGGUAUUCACUAGCCUGAUUUGAGGAGCAGGAAGGUUAAGUGGUAUUGACAUUCAUUAGUGGAGGAUGUCUUAAUAAAUAAACAAUACCGAUAAAGUUCUGCAGUAUUGAAAUCUUGAACAGCCAGGGAACUAUCAAAAGUGUAUAUCGUGACUUUGUUAAAACGGACUACGGAACAAAAUCGAUUGAUAGCAAACAAUUAAAACUGGAACGUAAGAAAUCUUGUUUGAAUUAAUGUGUACACGUCGAAGUGAACUCAUAUACUGUUUUUAUAUAAAUGGAAUAUGGUUUGAAGAAGAGUUGAUUCGUGAUUUGUGUUGAUUCGACAGUGGUUGAUUCAGAAUCUCGUCACGUGUGCAUGGUCAGCUAGGAUAAUACAUCACACAUUAAUAACCAUGGCGCGGCUGGCAAAUUCGUCGGUCAAUCUUGUCAUUAAAUACUUGUUAUUCUUCAUCAACUUCGUCGUGUUUCUCGUGUCUGGUGCGGUGGCGGGGCUGAUGAUCUGGAUUCUGGUCGAGAAAGAGAAGACAGUCUCGAGCAUAUAUGAUUUUUUCCUGGACGGGGCAUGCAUCUUCCUUUUGGUGUCGCUCAUCGCAUUCGUCGUCUCGUUUCUCGGAUGGAUCGGGGCGUUCCGAGAAAAUAUUUGCUGUCUAAAAGGUUACCAUUGGACUAUGACAAUCCUGUUUUUCGUGCAAACUGUCAUCGUUAUUCUAAUAUUCGUGGUCGUAUUUGUACCGGAGGCCCGGAAUCAGUUGGGCAUUUACCCAGAAGACAGUCUACGGGUAGCUAUCGAGAAAUACAGGGACGACCCGGACAUGCAGAAUCUUAUAGACAACUUCCAGCUCACGUUUAAGUGCUGCGGUAUCUCUAACGACGAGUCUGGCUACAAGGACUGGACCAACAAUAUGUACUUCAACUGUAGCGACGCCAUCCCGGAUAGUAUGAAGGGGAAGUUCGAGUUCUGCUCCGUGCCAUUCUCUUGCUGUAUUGAUAAAGACAGCGGAAUAAAAAAUUUAGAAUGCGGAAAAAGAAUGCAAAGUGCUGAUCCAUUAACCCGGACCGCGGCCAUCCACACCGACGGCUGUCUUAAGGCCAUUACCGACUUCAUGAAUAAUAACGUCAUUGUCGUUGGAGGGGUACUAAUGGGCGUAUUUAUACCACAGAUGGUGAUGUCCUGGCUGUCCCGGAAGUUGAUUACUCAGAUCUACAAGCAGAUGGCCAAGUGGAAUCAGACCCAGUAUCGCCCCCGUUAGUGGGAUAGGGAAUUAACGCGCCGGAUACCUAGAGCACGUGCUGGCACGUGCGAAAGUGUACGCAUAUCAGAUAACUGUGUUGUCGUGAAUAACAAUUUUAUUUACCGAAUUGGCACCGAAGAAAAAAUGUAAAUGAAAAGAAAAUGUAUCCUAGAUUUACUCUGUACCUACGACUUUACUUAUGAGUGACGUCAUGAGUGACGUCAUCUGUAGAGGAAAACGUUACGUUUUUCAUUAUUGCUAGAUAUAUCACCUUAUAAGCAGGCAUCCAUGGAUAAUUUAACAAAACAAAGUUAUUAAAUUUGAUUUUUACACAUUUUUAUAACUUUGUAUUAUUGUCAAACCUAUUGGUAUAAAAGGUUUUUAUUGUUAAGGUGAAUAACUGAACGGAGCUCAUUUUCGCAGACGACGUCACGUGAUUAUGUGGGCGUUGAUGUUGUUUCUGUUCAGAGAUUAUUUUUAUAUAGGCGGGAUAUUUGUAUUAACUUACUUAUAUAACGCAAUUGUGUCGUUGACGUGGUUCCUCAAGAAUGAAAGUAGUCUUGUUUCCCUUACAUCCAAAAAGUGAAAGAACCAGUGCAUUAACUUUCGAAUGGGGAAUAACUGAAUGACUUCAAAAUAGAAGCUGCCAAAGAGUUGUGAAACUUUAAUGUGAUAUCAUGUGUGUUUGGUACAACAUAACUGUUCAUGUGAUUGUAUGUAUCUAAGAAAUCCUUUUUCAUAUAUUUUGUUAUAAUCUAUUGUGUGAAACUAUCAUAACCGGGUCCCGGGAUUACAUUCCUUGUGGGCUUUUUUAUUUCUUGAUUUUAUUUGUUGUGUAUUUGUGAUAACAAUGUUCAUGUUUUUUCGGUAGCGUUUAUCAACAAUAAACUCUUCUGUAUGCCUGUA